GCUUUAACAAACUCCAGGAGAUGGCAGUACUGCAACACGAAGAGCUGUAGAGGAAGUGACGGAAUUACGUUGGGUAACUUCCUGUACACUCAGGGUCCGGUCCGUUGCGCAAAUCGUCCGCUGUUCUGGUUUAGAAGGCCAAAUAGCAACAUUUCGCAUUGAAGACGUGAUGGCUGCAACCCUGCGUUCCCUUUACUCUGUGUCAAGGCCAGGCACUUUUGUGGCCAGCCAUAAUCUCAUGAGGUCUUUCGGUGUGACCUCACAAAGAGAAGGGUUCAAGUAUGUCAAUGUCAAAGACAUCCCUACAGACAUGAAGUCCAUCACAGACCGGGCGGCUCAGACUCUGCUGUGGACGGAGCUCUUCAGAGGUCUUGGCAUGACAAUGAGCUACCUGUUUAGAGAGCCCGCCACCCUCAACUACCCGUUUGAGAAGGGGCCCCUGUCCCCCCGCUUCAGAGGAGAACACGCACUGCGCAGGUAUCCUUCAGGAGAGGAGCGCUGCAUCGCCUGCAAGCUGUGUGAAGCCAUUUGCCCUGCACAGGCCAUCACCAUCGAAGCAGAGACUCGUGCUGAUGGCAGCAGGAGGACGACUCGCUACGACAUCGACAUGACCAAAUGCAUCUACUGCGGCUUCUGUCAGGAGGCGUGUCCUGUGGAUGCCAUCGUAGAGGGUCCUAAUUUUGAGUUUUCCACUGAAACUCACGAAGAACUGCUGUACAACAAGGAGAAGCUCCUCAACAACGGAGACAAGUGGGAGGCAGAGAUAGCUGCCAACAUACAAGCUGAUUACCUUUACCGAUAGAACCCCCCCCACACACUCACAUAUAGAGUAUAGUUAGCACUUCAUAACACACUCAUACAUCCAUUCUGUACAUACUGUAAGAAGACAGACUCGGCUGUGGAUGAGCUCAGGGUUGGAAUCUAGUUUGCAGAGCAUCUUUUAUUUCACACCAAACAUCACCAUGCCAGCCCCUCAUGUGUUGAAUAUACUUUGAUAUAUCUCUGGGUUUACCAUGUCAUUGUUUAGAUUGCAUAUUUAUUAUAAAAUGGCUCUUUCUGUGUGAUACCUCAGCAUGGUCCAGUCCUUCAUGUGGGUGUCUGGAGCUGUGGCAGUGUCAGUGCUGUACACUGAUAACAGACUGCUGAUGUCCCAUACAAGUAUACACAAGUUAGUGUUAUGAUCUUGGAUGUCAGUGCAGAGUUUUUUGGCUGUUUCCACCCUGACUCAAAAAAUAAAGUUAAGUGGAAAACAUA